AUGGUUGGUGACGAAGACAUGGAAAAACGUAUCUUUGUAAAAGGUUUUCCACGUGAGACAACUCAGGAUGAUCUAAAGACAAUUUUUGAAGUCUAUGGCACAGUGAAGCAUGUAAACAUUGUGAUUGAUCGAAAAAAUGGCAUGGCAAAAUACGGCUUUGUUACCUUUGAAUCCAAAGAUGUGCGAAAUACUUUGUGCAAGGAAAAGUUCGUCAAAUUUCAGGAUAAAACCCUGUGUAUUGACGAGGCGUAUCGAAGAAAGGCUUUUCCUGAAAAGAUUGGCGAUAGUGCAGCUCGCGGACACGGGUUCAAGAAAGAUUUUCAGUCUGCUAUGGAUUACUCAUUUUCUAUGGCACCGAUAGGCUACAAUCUGUGGCAGUAUAGACAAAACCCUGUCUAUGUUCCGACCGUUCAAGCCCCAACCAUUGCUCAGAUAUCUUCCCCGAGAUACCAAACUGGUUGUAUGUCCAGCACCCAUCAAGUUUUUACAACAGUAUUGGUGCAAGGAAACCCAAACCCAUCGACCUUUGCCCAAAGCUUGAAUUCUGGCGAGCAAUUUUUAUUUCAAAUGCCACGAGCAAGUUACUUCGAUGGUUACCACGAUUACCAAACCAUUCCCUCGUUAGGCUCGUUUACAGCCCUGCCUUCGAUACAUGACAAAAACAAGACAGCCACCGAAAGUGGAAUGAGCAUUUUGACGAAUGAGUCCAUAUCUAUGACUCCAAAGGCUAGAGGGAAAAAAUCAUUUCAGCCUUAUGUUACUAAAAACGAAGACGAAAAAAAAGAAGCAGCAAGUGAGAGUUCACGUGUUCCUGUGGUUGCCGUCUUGCCUACCACCAAAGAAAUUAUUAGUCCAUAA